UAAGCCUGGACUGGAUCUGGUAUAAAAACAAAACAGUGAGCCGGAAUGAGACAUUAGUUACCUUCGCAUCGAUCAACUAACCAACUCAGCCUCAGAAUGAUGAAGUUCAUGUGCAUCUGCCUCUGCGCCAUUGCCGCUGUUUCGGCGAACUCCUACGGACGUGCCCGCGCUGGAUACGGUGGUGCACCAGUGGGUGGCUAUGCCUACCAGGUGCAGCCCGCCCUGACCGUUAAGGCCAUCGUUCCCUCGUAUGGCGGUGGAUAUGGUGGACACCACGGUGGAUAUGGCGGUGGCUACGAGUCCGCUCCCCUGGCCUCGGCCUACAGCGGCGCCGAUGUGGGAUCUGGCUACUCCGGUUCCGGCUACGGUGGUGCUCCGCCAGUCGAUGCCCAGGCCAUUGCCCUGGCCAAGCUCGCCCUGGCUGCUCCCAGUGCCGGAGGUCCUCUGCUCUGGAAGGAGGCUCCCCGCUACGAACAGCCCGUCUACCCCCCCAUCAGCUACGGACCCCAGGAGUACGGACGCAGCGAGAAGGUCAAGGGCGGUUCGGCAGCGGCUGCCGCCAGUUCCGUGGCCGCCGGAAAGAAGGGUUACAAGAGGCCCAGCUACUGAGCGGGUAAACCAUGAACAGUGAACCAGAAACUAUUGAAUAAUACUAAGGAACUAGGCCAUGAUAAUAAAAGGCAAAACAUCGAGACUUAAA